AGCGUCGUGUCUAUAUAAGGAAGUAAUUUAAAAGCAAAUAUAAAAUAGAAUAAUAUACUUAUGUAUGAUGAUGUAUGAAUUAAAAUAGCGUGCGUACCAAAUUCAAUUCAUUAAUUUGUAUCGAAACAAUACAAAAAAAUUAUCGAAUUCGUUUUGUAUAAUUCGUAAAGUAUAAAAGUAGUGCAAAAUGUUUAGCUCAGGUGCAGCUCCUAUCGUAGUUUUAAGUCAAAAUACUAAACGAGAUUCUGGCAAAAAAGUUCAAAAAGAAAAUAUUCAGGCUGGAAAGACAAUCGCUGAUGUUAUCAGAACAUGUUUGGGGCCACAGGCUAUGUUAAAAAUGUUGAUGGAUCCAAUGGGAGGAAUUGUAAUGACAAAUGAUGGCAAUGCAAUUUUGCGUGAAAUAACUGUUCAACAUCCAGCUGGAAAAUCUAUGAUAGAAAUAGCUAGAACGCAAGAUGAAGAAGUUGGUGAUGGAACAACAUCAGUAAUUGUAUUAGCUGGUGAAAUGCUAGCUAACGCAGAGCCAUUUUUAGAGCAAGGAUUGCAUCCAACCGUUAUUAUUAAAGCGUACAAGCAGGCGUUAGAGGAUAUGAUUACUGUUUUAAAGGAAGAUUUAAGUUUGGUUCUUGAUUGUAAUGACAAAAGCAAACUUACAGAAGUAGUGAAGUCUUGCGUUGGAACAAAAUUUAUUGGUCGUUGGUCUGAUUUAGCCUGUGAAAUAGCAUUAGAUGCAGUUCGCACGAUAAUGCUUAAUCAAAAUGGUCACCAGGAAAUAGAUAUUAAACGCUACAUAAAGGUAGAAAAACUUCCAGGAGGAGCUAUUGAAGAUAGCAGCGUACUUAGAGGCGUCAUGUUAAACAAGGAUGUCACCCAUCCAAAAAUGAAGCGUUAUAUACAGAAUCCACGUAUUGUCCUUUUGGAUUGCCCUUUGGAAUACAAGAAAGGCGAAUCACAAACAAAUGUAGAAAUUUUAAAAGAAACUGAUUUUACAAGAAUGUUAGAACUCGAAGAAGAAACGAUUAAAAAAAUAUGCAAUGAUAUUAUUGCUGUGAAACCAGACGUUGUAUUUACUGAAAAGGGCAUAUCAGAUUUAGCUCAACAUUACCUAUUAAAAUCAGGAAUAUCAGCAAUCCGAAGAGUUAGAAAAAGUGAUUGUAAUAGAAUUGCUCGAGCUUGCCAUGCGACGAUAGUAAAUCGUACCGAAGAAUUGCGGGAUGAUCAUGUUGGGACAGGCGCUGGAUUGUUUGAGAUAAAAAAAAUUGGUGAUGACUAUUUUUGUUACAUAACUGACUGUAUGGAUCCAAAAGCAUGUACCAUUAUUUUGAGAGGCGCAAGUAAAGAUAUUUUAAAUGAGUCAGAACGUAACAUACACGAUGCUUUACACGUUGCAAAGAAUUUAUUGCUAGAACCAAAACUAGUACCAGGUGGCGGAGCUAUUGAAAUGGCUGUAUCUCGUAUUCUAAAUGAAAAAGCUGCUGGUUUAGCUGGAAUUGAACAAUGGCCAUAUAAAGCAGUGGCUCAAGCAUUAGAAAUCAUUCCAAGAACUUUAACUCAAAAUUGUGGUGCUAAUACAGUGAGAACUCUCACUGCUUUAAGAGCUAAACAUGCUACUGGUGGUACUACAUGGGGAAUAAAUGGAGAAACCGGACAACUAAUUGAUAUGAAGGAUCACGGUAUCUGGGAACCAGUAGCGGUUAAAUUGCAAACUUAUAAAACCGCCAUAGAAACAGCUGUCCUUUUGCUAAGAAUUGAUGAUAUCGUCUCCGGAAGUAAAAAGAAAGGGUCUGCACACGACCAUGUUCAAACUACUCAAGUCUCAGAUGAAUCACUAAAAGAAUAAUUACUUAAAUUUUUUAUAUCAAAAUAUUGAAUAGCUUUUUAAAAAAAUUCUGCAUUUCACAUCUUUAAACUUUUAAAAUUUAUACUUAUAAACCCUUAUAAAAAAAACAUCUCAGAUAUA